CGACUUAUGGAAGGACUACUUGCAGCUAUCGAUGAGGGUGGAGGAGAUCUGGAGGCCCGUGGCGGGCGGGCAGGAGCUGGGUACGGUCAGCCCGCUGGCCGAGGGAGCCUUGGAGGCGGGUACGGAGGCCCCACCCCCCGGCGCCAGCAGCCCGGGCGCUGAGAAGCCGUCGAAGAGGGCGGGUGGUGUCUGCACCUUCUGCAAGCACAACGGCGAGUCGCGGAAGGUGUACGCCUCACAUGCGCUGAAGACGGAGAGCGGCAGGGUGCUGUGCCCGAUCCUGCGCAACUAUGUCUGCCCUCUGUGCCAGGCGACCGGCGACACCGCGCACACCCUGAAAUACUGCGGCUUCAACCCCGAGAGGCAGUCCCUGUAUCGCAGCCACGGGCGGAACUCUGUAGGCAAAAGAUCGAAACGCUGAGAGCGCACGCGGGGGGCAGAGAGGAAAGACCUCCCGUUGAAUGUACAGUGUAAAAUAUAAAGAAGAAAUAUUUGUAGAUAGAUAGCGAUGGCAGCACCAAUAAUGUUGAAAAAUAAGGACAGUUUUCCGAGGGACACCCCCCAGUGAACGAGGGGACGGAUUUACGUUUUCCUUACGUCGAUCAACAAUCAAAGUUUUUUUCGAUUGGACAGUGAUUCAAGAAAUGACUGUUUCUCCAAACAAAAGGAACAUUUUAUUUUUUUAAACACCCCCUCCGGAAAUAUAAUUGUACAUUAAAGCCUUUUCCUUUCUGAAUUCUGGCUAGUGUUUUUGUUUUGGAUUUCUUUUCACCGCAUUCCUUCUCUGCUCAGGAGAAGGGAGGGCUGUGUUUGUUUUUCACUCAUAUGUUGGAUGUGGGCCAACAGUUAUUGCCUGUCCCUAAUUGCCCCUUUGAGAAGGUGGGGGUGAGCUGCCUUCUUGAACUGCU